CUUAGGCAAAAGGCCGCGCUCGCACCGGGUGCACGGGUGGUGUGUAUAUGUUCAUUAUUCUCGCGAGCGGGCGGAUGUGCGAAAUAUAAUUAGAUCAGUCACAGAUAUUAACAAUAUCAACGAUCGCGCAACAAUCGUAUUAUUCGCGGGCGUGCGGUCUUCGCGCGGUGAAUUUUUGGUGUCUACUUGGUGCAACACAACUACUUACAAACCUGGUACUUAUUGUUACCAUUCAACAAUAACAGAAACUUCAUCAAACGGGUAAAUUUUUUAGUGCGGUGUGUAACGGCCUUGAAGUGGAUUUCAAGGGCGUCUCCAGUUGCCUGGGGGCCUUGGGCAAUUCGCCAUCAGCCCCCACGACGACGACCACCAGCGGUGGUGGUGGCGGCGGCGACGAUCUCGCCUCGCACCAACAGUUCAACAUCUUUCCGGCGAUUUUUAGCCGCCAGCUGAAUUUCAACGCGUGUCCGGCGGCUGCACAGAAAUCCAUGAUGGACGACCUGCGGCCGAAUCUCGUUGGAGUCGGUAACCUGCUGGGGGUGAGUGGGUUGUUGGACGACCAUCAUGGUCAUCUCAUGGGUGGCGGUGCGGCCGGUGGUGGUGAUAAUAAAGGCGCGCCGCGGAAGUGCAACACUAGCGGGUCUUCGGCGGAAGACUUUACCGCCAUUUAUGGUGGGCUUCAACACACCCAUGACCAUCAUGCACAUACUCCAGCGCAUACGCCGCCUGGCCCCAGGACUAUCACGGAUCACACAGACGGCGCGUUCAAAAAGCUAAAGCCGGAACCGACGUCGGCGGGCAGCGGCGGCGGCAGUCUUGGGACGGUAUCGCCUGGUGGUGGGCCGCAACACGCCGGGCACACGCCGACGACCGCCUCAUGUCCAACGCCGGCGCGCCGACGUCAUCGUACCACCUUCACGCAGGAACAACUCGCUGAACUGGAAGCCGCCUUCGCCAAGAGCCACUAUCCUGAUAUUUAUUGUCGCGAGGAGCUGGCGCGGAGUACCAAAUUAAACGAAGCUAGGAUUCAAGUGUGGUUUCAAAACCGAAGAGCGAAAUACCGAAAACAGGAGAAGCAGCUGCAGAAGGCGCUCGCGCCCUCCGUCCUCCCGGGAUGCAAUGGCGCCAUGAUGCGGAACAUUUAUCCAGGGGCGGCACGCGGCUACCAACCCUAUCCACAUCCGACGGCUAUCAAUCGUUAUCCACAGAUGAGUACAAGUUCAUAUCCUGGAAUGGCGCAGUCCUUUACGAUGUCCCAUGGUACAAACAUGUCCACCGUCGCCGGAAUGCGUCAAGAUGCAAUGGGCAUGAGUGCAGAAGAUGAAUGGUACAACAAAAGUUUAUCGGCGCUGCGAAUGAACUCAACACACCAUCCGAACCUGACAGCGCCAAUGCUGCAGUACCAAACAUAAUAGACGAUAUCCCCGCAUCCGCACGAAUUGGAUAGAUUCGAGUAAUCAGCGUGCGCCACCCAUCACGAAUCGCAAAGCGUGGGCGACGCGCGCGGGCGUCUUUUGUAAUAUAAAGUUCUUUUUCAACUAAAUUCUACAACAUACAAAAACUCACACGCAGCCACACAAAACAAAUAAAUCUACUUUAUAAAUAUAGACAACACACUUAACACACGGAUGACUUUAAAGACGAUCAAUUUGAAUGUACGCUGUAAAUCUGGUUUAUAAGUGAGGACGUGAACGUAAACAUUAUCUUGCAUAUUAAAUGAAACUAACAUUAGGCAUGAUGUAUAUUUACACUAUUUACUAACAACGAUAACGUAAUUGUUAGCAUCACGAACAAGUUUUUGCGUUUUGACUUUAGUUGUGUCUCGUACGUGUAAUUCUAUCGCAGAAAUUAAAAGUUCCUCAAUGAAAUUUCAUAGUCACGCUAAAUAUUGAAUGGACUGGACGAGUAAACAUUUUUUGGUUGUGAUUAUUCGUUAAUAGAGUAUCUCGUGAU